AUGGGCUAUACUAUUAAACAAAAAAUUGACAUUUGUCUCAAGGCAGAGUCCAAUCCAAAGAUGACUCAAUCGGAUUUGGCACAAUGGGCAAUGCAUCAAUAUGGAUCGCAAAAACCGCCUUCACAAACGACAAUAUCGAGGAUAUUGGCAUCUAAGAAUGACAUAAUAGCAUCUAAGGAAGGAGACUAUAAGUUAGUGCGACGAAGAAAGCAAAUGAAUCCGCAAUUGCGUAAGAUUUUAACCGAGUGGAUAACGCAAUUGAUUUGGGAACAUAUACCUAUCACGACUCCAAUUAUUCAGCUGACGGCCCAUAAUAUAUGGACUAUGCUACCCUCUAAUGCUAAACUGGGAAACGGGGUGUUUAAUCAGAAAUGGUGUGCUCAUUUUUUGAAAAAAUUAAACGUCAAUAUUACUGGUACAAGCGACGAAAUAAAGGAAAAUUUUGGGUAUCCAUUGAACAGAGUAUGGAAAUUGGACGAAAAGAUAGAGUUGAAACAGUAUCUUGGGAACUUGGUCAAAUACGGCGGGUAUACCCCUCGAGACAUUUUUGUAAUUGAUGAUUUUCAGUUAUUUUACUCCUUGCCACUAGAUCAAAUAUUCGAUGUUAGUUCUUUGGACAAAGGCUUACACCAGUGUCAAGAGCGCCAUCACAACCACAACCACCAUCACCAUUACUACUGUAACCACCAUCAAGAAUCAUCCAAUGAGGACUCACUAACAAUUUUGCUCGGGUGUAAUAUUGACGGACUGGAGAAAUUGACACCAUUGAUUGUGGGCAAGUAUGAGAAAUUUGAUGUCUCAAAAAGCUCAUUUGGAAAUUUACAGAAUAUAAGCUAUCAAAACUUGCCCCAGCAUCAGUUGAUGAAUAAGAUUACAGAGGCUUAUAAUAUCAUAUAUAAGUCCAAUCUGAAUAAAUGGAUCACUUCCCAAAUGUUUCAGAAUUAUUUGUUGACUUUGGAUCAUAAGAUUCAAAACCUUACUCCCAAUAGGCAGAUUUUGCUAAUUCUUGAUGACUGUUCAACUCAUAGAAUUAUAAAUGUGAAAUUUGACCAUAUCAAGCUUAUUUAUUUGAAAAACGAAACAAGUCAUAAAAAUCCGUAUAAUACAGCAUAUAGUGGCGUCAAAUUUGAUUAUUUACCAAUGAAUUUUGGAAUCAUUGAAGAGUUCAAGAUAUUUUAUCGAAUUCAGCAAUAUUCUGCAUUAAUUAGUUUACAAAAGGAUAUUUCAAGAAAGAACAAUUGUGAAGCAGCCAAACAUAAGUCUUUGAUGUCGUCAAUUGAGAUGAUCUCAUCACCAUCAUCCCCAUCCCCAUCGUCGUCAUCACUACCACCAUCUCCAGCGCCUGUGUCUCCUGCUUUGGAAGUUUUAUCAGAACAUGAUUAUCAUAUUCCCUUAAUCAGAGUAAUUGAAUGGAUAAAGAAAUCAUGGAUGAUGGUAUCGCAAGAGCGGAUUUACCAUUCAUGGAAAAGAACACAUUUACUAAAUUUCAAGUUGAACGAAUGGGCUCAUAUUCCACUGAGACCAAUGAUUAAUCAAUUAAUACAAACCUUAGAGAACAAGUUGUUUUUAUUUGAUGAGCAUGCUAGUUAUAUUCAGCUAGAAGAGUUGAUGACCUGUUUGAAUGUAGUGAUUCCAUGGGAAAUUGAUGAAUUGAUCGGACUAGUUAAUGAGCGUGGGAAGGUCACUUUGAGUUAUGCUUCAAUUGAAGAGAUAAUAGGUAGUUGUUUAUCUGAGCCAAGAGAUGAAUCAAUUGAAGAUGAUGAAGAAAUAGACUUUGACGAUCCUGGAAAUACUGGCGAGUCCAUGGUGGUUAAUGAGCAUCCAUCAGCACCUUGGCUGUUGUCAGAAACCGAUAUUGAUCUGGCAAGUAGUUUGAUUUUCAAUAAGGCUCUUGCUGACACUAAUGAAGAUGAUAUAAACAUCAACUUGGUUGGGAUCACAGGUGGUCAAAGAGAUAAUGUUGGGAAAAAUAGCAGCGUUGGUGGUAGUAAUGGUGGUAUUUCUUCACAACCUCUGGAAAAUGCAUCGAUAUUGUUACCAAAGACAUCGCCGGAAAAUUAUGGAUUCAAUGGAUCUUUAAAGCAUAAACUUCCGCCUGUUGAAUCUUGUGAUGUAAAGAAAAACAAUCGAGGCGGUGCUGUACAAUCAUUUAAUUUCACUUCACCAAAUUCGAUUAAUUUCCAGCAACUUCAGCAGCAAGGCCAGCAUCUGCAUCUGCAUCAGCUACAGCAUCAGCAUCAGCAACAGCAACAGCAGCAAUUCCCUACCAUGAACUUAACACCACCGCAACAACAAAGAGAUUUUGAUAUAGAUAUGAUGAAUGAUAUAAUCAGAUUACUUGAUUAUUCCUUAACGAGUUCUAUUAAUCUUUCACAGUCUACUAUUGAUGAUUUAAACUAUAAUUUAAAAGUCAUUCAAAACAGAUUGAACCAUAAUCCAUAG